CAGGGCAAGAAAAAGGGAGUCUUUCAAUGACCUGGAUUGCACCCUCCUUUGCUCACAGCAUGAGAUAUUUUUAAUAAGGGGCACACACCUCUACUUUCCAUAUGUAAGGCCUGGGAAUUUGUUUUCACUCAACAAGCAAAGUUAGGAUUCGUGAAGUUUCAGACUGCAAACAUAAACAGCUGGAGAGCUGGAUGUGUGGACAGGAGUUGCCACCUGUCAAUCAGCGAUACGUUCAGGAUCCACAUUUGAUGUGUUUCUGGCAAUCUGCAACUUAUUGUCUCUGAUCAGAAGUGCCUGAAAUGUCGCUAAGCAACAACUUGAGGACCUCCUGCUCAGCCCGAGCCCUGAGCAGCUGCAGAUGAGAAUGAUUCGAGUGUUAGUUUACUGUGGUUGACAUUGUUCAAUCAUGUCACCACUCUGAGGCUUCCUCUAAUUAGGAAACUCGGCUGAACUCUUUCCCCAGAAUAUAAAUCUGAUGAGGAGGAACCGAUAUGCAGCAUGGUGACGAUUAGAAGUUAUCUCAGUUAGUUUUGCAGUAAACAUUCAAAGAAUUCUCUUGCUGAGGGAGCAUUCAGAGGAGUGAUUUCCAAGUAAAGGCAGGACGUAAUUCAAGUGGCGGCGACGAAAUGAGCAUCAAAUUAGUUAAAGGAAGUCUGUUGAGGAAAGCUGAGCAGAUGGGCAGUUAAUGGAAGUAAGAGUCUGGGUAGAGCAGAAGGCAGAGGGGUGUACACUGCAAAAGAAAAAGUUUAAGUGGAAUUAAGCUACAUCCAUAAUUCAAAAUAGGAAGCUAUACUUAUCUUAAGCACUUAAUAGGUGGGUACUUGUUGUAAUUGCAUGUAAAAUACACAAAAUUUUGUUUGGCAGCAAUCGACUUCAUUGCAGCAUAAAACUCUGUACAUGGGCAAAAGAUGAAAAAAAAAACAGCAGCCCCCUCUAAGAUUUAAAGCUCCCUUUGUUGACUGGCAAGAGGUAAAGGUGGUAAAGCCAAUGACCUCCAUGUUAACAGAUGGGACAUGGGUCCAAGUUUAAAUUCAAAUGAAAACUCAUGAUUUGAUUGUUUUACAUAUUCCGUUAAGAAGCUACCUUGUCUCUUGAUCCAUGGUGAGAUCAUUGACAGCUUCCCUCUCUGAUCAGGAUUGUUUGAAGAGACUCAGUAAAAGACAAGUGACCAGUAGUGGGAGCUGGUGUCACUGUCAUUCUGUUGGUGGCAGGCAGUUGCUAACUCACACUAUCGUUAGCGGACCCCAUUACUGUAGGAAUAAUAAAAACAGAUGGCUCUAGACAGAGCUACACAGCCUCACAGAAACUGUACAUUGCCGAACCCACAGCUCAAACCCUUUUCCCCCCACAGGAAAGAGAUUCCACUUGCAUGCAACAAACAUCCUGGAUUUUGUGGUAGCAUUAAGCUGCUUACCCGGGAUUUCCACCACAUCCGGAACGGCUCUGAUCCGGAAUGGCUGUGAUUUUCACCAUAUUCCAAUUUCUACCGGAUCCAUUCGUGAUUGGCUAAGAUUGGCGGAUACGGCCUUGUGGUAGCCGUUCUGGAUGCGGUGGAAAUUGGGGGUUAGAGUGGUGAUGUGACCUCAUGAUUGACAGCUUUGUUGCCAAUUUAUAGAAGAGGAAUGACAAACGCAAACUGAGUCACUGAUGUUUCACCAACCCCGAGUUUCUGCUUUAAACCAGCAGGAGAGCCUGUUUCACUGCAGACUGAGCCCAUCUGAGAGACCUCUGUGCUUUUGUCAGUUAAAUGUUUUGGUUAGCUAAUGACCAACGUGCAAGAGGCGUCAUCCAUGUAUACAGUCGAUGAUAUGCACACAUGCAUGUACAUAGAUUUGUGAAAAAAUACUUGCAAAAUUUGCAAGAUAUACUUACAAAAGUGGAUACAGUGGUAGAGUCCCAUUAAUUGUGAUAAUAUUGAUAGUCAUAGCUAAACCACAGUGUUGCAUCCAAACUCAAUGAGCUAUGAGUUCAUUUAGUUUCAGAAAUAAGUUGCAGUAUCCUUCAUUAAAUCAAGAAAAUGUCUCGCCUUAAGAUACAGAAACUACUUUAUAUUCAGGGAUUCUUUACCCCCGCACACAUUAUAGAUUUUAUACUGAAAUAAAUAAAUAAGACAUUGUGAGACUAAAUAAGUUUGCAGCCGAGAGGAACUUCUGAGAGGGUUUCAGAGGCAACAUUUCUCACCAGUGAGGCUUGAACUUGCAGUGAACCAAACCCGUGCUCACCACCGACUGAGACUAUGUGUGCGUCAGAGGACUGCCCUGAUUACUGACAAUGUGUAACACGAUAACUGAGCUCUGAUGUAGCUCACGUCAUUCAGACUGAAAGGUGGAGGAAAAACAGGGAAUAAGGAUAAGUUUCUCUCAGUUUACACAUCUCGUCUUGAGGCCACAAAGCUGAGCUGCUGCUGCUGCCAGAGAAGAAAUAACAGCCCUGACAUCACUGAGUGAUGGCACGGCCAGCAGCGUAAUGUGGUUAAAACUGGCAGCCUGCAGAAAAGCUGCAAAUCUUUAAUCUCCUAAGAGGAAGGAUGCAGGCAGCAGGAUUGGGUCAGAUUCCCGAGUAAAUAUGCAAAUGUGAUGCUCUCACAAAAGGAAGAUUCAUGUCCAAAACCGAGGAAGGGAGGCAGGGACCUUAUGCAGAAAUAAUAGCAGCCUUAUCAAUGUUUAGCUAGUACUUAAGGUUUGUUUGCAUCCCGAAGAACCCUCUCCUUUUAUUUAUUGAGGUAGCACAUAGCGUAAAAGCACUUACCUUACAUAACAAUGAUAUUCAACCAUGCUGCUUUGGUUUGAGAUAUAGCCCACAGACACUGUAAUAACACUGCCAUUAUGUGUGCUGAAUGUUUCUUAGACGACACCCAAAGACGGAUCUGCGUUUACAUUUUGCUGCAAUCUGACCUUCAAUGCUCACACAUACGCCAAUAUCAGACCAUUAUCCGGCUCAUUAUUGGAGGCUAUCAGCGCCAUUAGAAUGCUUUAGAUGAAGGCAACUGCACCUAGAAAGGCCAUAACCAUCUAUUCUCAUCUCUGCAUCCUUGGUAACAUCCCCAGCAGAGAUCUACCAGACCCUUGUUGUUCUGUAAGGAACAAACAAUGCAGUUAGGGGAUUAAUGGUUUGGUUUUUAGUUAAGUUCUUGAUACUACUUUGUGGCUUGGCUUUGACCUUUUGCAUCAUAUUCUACUAAAGGCCUUCUCCUAUUCUUUGCAUCCAGCAUAAUCACUUCAAGUGAUUCCUCCUCAAGCUAAACAAGCAGUACUCAACCUCUAGCAACAGAUGACGACAGCCUCCUUACUGAUGAGGAGUUACUGUCAUAUCACUGUUGCCAAAGUCAUUAUAAAGGACAUUCAAUGCACUGAUUAAACCCAACAAAGCUGUCCCCUACUGCUUCCUGUUGACUGUGACAGCAGUGCACCAGGUUGGAUUAACACCAGUGACAAUCACCGAAUAACCUUGAUCAAGCUAUCCUAACAUUUUCUGCAUUUUAGACAUUAUGCUUUGGCAACAGCAACAGCUUGAUAACAGUAGAGAGAAAAUGCCGUGUAAUGUAACUUUAAUUUAUACGCAUCAAGCAACAUUAAACUGUAAUCCAACGUCAAAUACAUUUCUUCUCGUGUAGUUUCCAUAUGUUUGCAAACACAGCAGGACCGUCAUGGUUACAUGCAACUCUCAGUUGAUUAACUUGCAAGCUAGAAGAAAGAUGUUCUGUAUAUGGCCACUUUAUUUACCGCCUGGAAACGAACAGCAAAAUGCCACCUACAAGCCUCCUGCAGAGGGACAAAAUUAUUAAUAAAUAUAUAGUGUUCAUACUCGUCCUAAGAAUAUCUCUGUCCCCUACUUGGCUGUUGAGUGAAGUUAAGUGUCCACCCACAUCCUCCAGUUCUCCCCAGUGACCUUCACAUAGUUGUCAGAAGUGCAGUAACAAAAGUAGCUGUUAAAGCAGAAAAUGAUGUACUUUCUACUUUCUCUACAGUUUGCAGGAAAACGUGUUGAUGUUAUAAGGAGAAGCCGCCACAGUGAUGGUGGCUGGUUGACUUCAGGGUAUUGGACAGAUCUGUCUACAGUGUGAAAGUCCUAUAUAUUGAAAAAAUGUUUGUAAAGCUACAGUUAGAAGUUUGAAAUCAACAUGGAUUCCCAUUGUAACCUACAUAAGCAACCAGAACUAUCAGCAUAAGAACUGAUUAUUUCUUUAUGGCCUUUUUUAGUUUGUAUAACGUGUAUCGGGGGUUAGGCGAUAAACUAGGCAUAAAUAAAAAACUGUAGAAAAAGCCUUUGUUUACAUUUUUCCCAGUAAGGGUUCACAAUAAUUGAUAUGACUGACCAGUAAAUGCAAGCAGGAUCUUUUGUUGUAGUUGUCGUUAUACCAACCUUCCUGCAAUGGACAAACAAAGCAAAGAGAUAAGGGAGCCGCCUUAUCAACAGGGGCCAAAAUUGACAAGCCAAAAGUUCCUUACUGUUGCUUUAAUUCAUUUAAUAAGUAAAAACAAUUGUUGUCAGAAAUAUAAUAGCUUUUUCAAUCACUACAUUCAUGUUAAUCGGUAGAUUCCUGAAACAACCGUUUAGCAUUUAGAAAUGACUUUAUUGUGGUAUCACCCAGUGGCAGUCAGCGGUACUGCAUCUUCCUCUGAGCUUUAUUUACCUCUACUAGUAGUAGAGUUAUGUUGCCCCAAACUUUGUAGCUAUUUUUCUUUAGAUUUGCAUGCAUUUUUCUCCUGCUAUCUUUCGAGCACUGGAGUAUCUGUGUUUGAAACACCCUGCUGUGACCAAAACUUCCCCCAGUUUUCGUCAAGAGAGGUGUUAUUAGAAACACUUCGUAAAAAAAUGGAAGCCGUGAACACAACAACAAUAAUCACAUAAUUAUAGAUAUAAGCCUAUUAUGUAAUUGUUAGGAAUUAUUUGGAUAAAAUUAGGCAAUGAGCAAGUGGUGACUAUUUGUUUCUAUGCUGUGUGGGCGGUUCUUGGACUGUGAGAACAUAUGCUAAAAAAACAUGGUGUUUCUUUCCUUGUGGUAAGUGGAAAAAAAUGUUUUUCUGCUCAGUUUUCAAGUGACCUCUUGAUUCUUUGGGAAUAAUUAGUAUGUUAUAUGAAGUAAUUGGAUUCAUGUGAGUGCAAGAUUAUGAUCAAGCUUUAAAUUAGACUGAUUCCUUAUUGCCAUGCAUCUCCUCUCCAUAUAAAAGCCUUUUGUCCUGAGAGAUUACUGUGCGUGCCUCCUGCUGAGAUUCUGAUGAGGCUAACUGUGUGCAUGGAGCAUGUGCUUUUGAAUCGUGGGGGCAGAAGAGCAACAUGCAACAGCGUUCCCUGUGGGGUAGCAUGCAAAGAAGACAUGUAAACUGGGGAGGGAGAGAGAUUCACCAUUUAAUGAAGACGCUGCACAGAAAGCUAAUGUACAGAGACUGGGGUGAUCAAUGAAUGCACCAUGCUGCAUGUUGUGACAGGAAAAUGUCAGCCAUUUCUUGAAGGGCAGAUGUUUUGUGCGGACUGGAUGUCCUUUCUUUAUUUCUCAAGAAAUCUGUAACAGAUAGGCAACAAGAAAUUAAACUAAAACAGAUAAUAUGAUUGAAUAAAAAGCAAAUGCUGAACAAAAGUUUGAAAAGACAAGUCAAAUCGUGGUCAUCUCUAUUCUCAAUUCAAUUUGGAUAGCUUUAUUUUGAAUUCAUGUAUUCAUAUUUUCUCCAUCAACGAAGGAAGAAUCACAUUUUUUUUUCCAUAGAACUAUAUUUUUACUCUCUUUUUUUCCUUGAAUAAAAAAGUAAGAUGUUCAUUUAAUAGCUUCGUGGGACUGGUAAACCAUUUGUAUUCUCUUAUAAAUUAAAACUUUUUAUGCAUUUUGUGUUUUUAUGCUAACCCAUCAAGCUGCUGGGUGUUCUGAUGAGUCUAAAGUUGUUCCCUCUUGUUGUAACUUACUUUAAAAACUCAAACUCCAACUUUGAAGCUGUUGCCUGGCAUAAAAGGUUAUUUUUAAACAGCAAAGACAAAGUCACUUUAUUAAAAGUCAAAGCCAGGAAAGUCAAGAACAAACAGCAAGGCUGAUAUUAUUAAAGACUUGUUACAUGGAUAUUUUCUGAAACAGAAAGUGUGUGUGCAUAACUUUGAUAGUUAACUUUUCUCUAAUUCAAAUGUACGAAUUCUGGCUUAUGCUCCUUAGAGAAAAGUGGUUUUCUCAUUAUACUAUAUUUAGUCUUCAGGCACAUGAGAUUACUGUUUGUUCCCCCAAGUAUGAAUAAAUCUUAAACAGUUGUCCCAUGAGUCUAAAGUAUUAAAAUAGCACGCUAAAGUAAGCCUCUCUUUUUAGUCAAACACUUUUAAGAAGCAUUUGGAUUUGUGUGAAGCAAAGGUGUGUCCAGUGUUUGCCUGAGGUGGCCCAGCUGUAGCCUGGAUCUAAAGACUGUGAGCAGGAGGUUGCAUGCUAUCUGCAAAAAUGUUCAUUUAUCUAUUAUUUAAAGAUUUAAAAAGGUAACUCUGGAAGCAAAAGUGCCCUUAUUUAGUGUAUGAUCAUUAUUCAAUCAGUCUUUAAGUGUAUGGCACCGAUUCACAACGAGUGUUUUCCCAAGAUGCCUAACAAAAACCUGGUCUAGACCAUACUGUAUUUAAGAUUAAGUACCAUCUUGUAAGAUCAAACCCACUCUCAUCUUCAACCACACGAGUGUAUCACUUUGCAGCUUUUAUCAAGUUACCAUGGAGAGGAGAAACUUCCUUUAACAGGCAGAAACCUCGAACAAAACCAUCAUGUUUGACAGCCAUCUGCCACUGCUGCAUCGGGUUUAGAGAGAGGAUAGAGGGAGAUGCUGAAAGAGAGACGUGGACAGAGGUGAGUUUGGUGAAAUUACUUGGGUUUGGGCUUCAGGCAAUGGGAGUUACUCGUGUUUUUGAGUUGUUAAUGAGAUGUAAAGUGUGUUCUUUGCAGUUUGUCAGACUGAUAGCUCAUGGAUGUUACCGUGUUUCUCCAGGAUCAGAAGAGCUGAUAGAUGUAUAAUGAGAUGAUGCAUCUGAAAAUCUCUUGGGUGGCUACAGGACCUAAGAGGGGGUUGGGAAAAUGCUUGAAAUACUGUAGCCUACCUUAGCUAGUGCAUCUAAUGCUGUGCGGUCAAUUCAGAAACAAGACAGAUUUUUAAAAUGCGUUUAUUAUUCAUUUAUUUUUGGAUAAGAACCUUUCACAUAGGCUUAUUUCUCAAUUCAGGUGAACAGAACAGACUUUUUUCUUGAAUUAAUAGGAAUCUAAAGCAGUGGUUCUCAACUGGUCUCACUCUGGGACCCACAUUUUCCCAUGGCCCUUAAGUCGCAACCCACUUUUAUAAAAUUCAAACCAAGCAAACUUAUCAGAAUCAGAAGUACUUCAAUAAUCCUCAGGAGGAAAUUGCUUUUGUCACAGUAACUCCAGUGCAAAUACAGUAAAAGAGGAGAUAAAUAAUAGAUAAAAUAAGUAGAAAUAUAGAGAUAAUAUACAAGUAUUUACAUUAUUUACAACACAAAUAGUGACAUUGUAUGCAUGUAUACAAACUUAUUUUAUAUAUAUAUAAAAAAACCUUUACAGACACAAAUCUUUCAUGUAAAUACACCCAUUCUGUUGAGUAAAGUGCAUUUCAAAGCACAUAAACUAAGGACGACAACUACUGAAGUUGUUUAUACAGAAAAUAUCAAAUUGCACAAAACGGAGACCAGCAAAAUGAAUGCAAUAAAUUGGAUUUAUUUGCAUCACUGCAAAAGUGAAUAAAUAUCAAAUUGCACAAAAUAAAGACAAAAACAAAAAAAAAGUAUUUUUACUGCAUUCAGGCCACAUUAAUAAGAAACCAAGAAGUAUUACAAAUUUACUUUUUGACCAGCUGUUCACGACCCAUCCAGAACGUGUCGGCGACCCACUUUUGGGUCGGGACCCACUAGUUGAGAACCACUGAUCUAAAGCAUUUAUUUUAAAUGAUGUGUUUUGAAAUUGUUGCUUUGCCUAAAUUUCAUCUUGAAAUGGUGUGAGCAUUUCAUCAUUGCUUAUUCAUUGCCGUUUCCUCCGUAAUGACUGAGAAUUAAGACCAACACCAGGCUUAGAGAGAGAGAGAGAGAGAGAGAGAGAGAGAGAGAGAGAGAGAGAGAGAGAGAGAGAGAGAGAGAGAGAGAGAGAGAGAGAGAGAGAGAGAGAGAGAGAGCUGUGAUGAGAUGAAUAUUCCGCCUUCUCGCUCACUGUGAAGGAUGAGGCUGAGCUCCUGAACUCACGGCUCCCUCUACAGUCUGAAAGGAGGAAAUUUUCCAUCCAGGGCAGGAAAACAAUCAAACUGACUGUGUUGAACAGUCGCGAGGACACAAACGGAGACGCGUCCGGAGAUCACACACACUCACACACACGCACAGACACACACUCACACAUACACUGCCUUACUUGUGAGAUGUGUGUCUGUAACUGCAGUGGGUUUCUCCUCAAACCUGCAGAUACACUGACUUUACAUCUGGAUUAAUUCUCUUUUGGGAUCUACUGUUUUCUGCGGACAAUCCGAAAAAUGUCUCAUGCUUUGAAUACUUGAGGAGUGACGACAACUUUCCUCUUCCCGGACUUCUCGAGGGGGAAAAAAGGCGUACAGCGGAUUUAACAAUGCGAGCAGAUACAUUUCCCGAUCAGGAGCUGCACGUUUAAGCAAGAGGCAGUUCGGGGGACAUCCAGCGAUGUGGUCUGCGGAGAUGCGGGGUUUGCCGGGGUUCGUGUCCGCGGAUGUUGCAGCUCGGUCGGGCUGCACACGGUGCCUUUGGGUGGCUGUGAUUGGACCGGACACAGACUGGGGCUGACUGAUGUUUGUUCGAGAGGAAAUGUUUUGGGGAGGAGAUCAAUAUGAGUUACUGGCGCACGCGAGGUGGGGGGGAGAUGCCAGUCUUCACGAGCACACCUUUCACUAUGAGGACGGAGGAAAGCAGGAAGGCAUGUGGAUUCUAAUCUCUUGGAUUUUAAAGCAAAAUAGACAUGAAAGAUCCUCUUUUCAGACAUUUAUAUGUGUGUAAUGUCAUGUGUUUGCAGACUGAAGAUUCUUAUCAGAGGUUAUGGAUCAUUUCUGUUCUUGCACUAAAGUUUUUCCUCUCUUUUUGACUAUCAUGCAUAAGACUUUAAUAUUGCAUCAUUUUCUCCCACGAAAUCAAAUUUUUUGGACUCUGAACAGAUCUUUUUCACCUGGACUUUUAAUGUACAACACCACUUAAAUUAUGGGACAUAAUUUUGAAGGAAGAAAUCUUGAAUUAAUUUGAAAUGUACUCAGAAAUUCCCAGCAACAUGGCAUUAAACUGGGUUGUAUAUUCAGUUUUUUUAAUACCACUAUUCGCAGUGGGGACAGCUUUUUCUGGGGUCUUCAACGCCACAGACAGAGACAUUUUUACAGACGAUUUGCUGCAGGUCAGGCUCACACAAGACAGAGCUGCUGAGCAGUGGAAGCGCCAGUCCACUGAUUCCCAUCCCAACCUGUUUUUUAACCAAGUGGAUGUGUUGCACUUGAGGCAAAGGUCCACCACCACCCACAGUCACAUAUUUAAAGUCAUCCGGGCUGCCGCGCUCACUAUGCUGUCUAAUGCUCCCUACUACAUGCCCCCCGCCAAACACGCCGAGUUUACAAGCAAGUGGAAUGAGAUUUAUGGGAACAACCUGCCUCCCCUGGCGCUCUACUGCCUGUUGUGCCCAGAGGACUCUGCCGCCCUGCAGUUUCUUAUCAAGUUUAUGGAUAGGAUGGCUGAAUACCCAGACUGGAAGGUGACCAGCGCUCCAAACGACGAGGUACCCAUGGCGCACUCUCUCACCGGGUUUGCCACUGCUUUUGACUUUAUUUACUCCUACCUGGAUGCACAGCGGAGAGAUAUUUAUCUAAAGAAAAUCCGCUCUGAGACGGAGGAGCUGUAUGAGCUGUCAAAGUACAGAGGAUGGGGGAAACAGUAUCUCCAAAACCAUCAAACCACAAACAUAUUAGCCAUCCUGACUGGUGCAUUAGUGGUUGGAUCACAUGACGACCCAGAGACGAUGAUCUGGAAACAAGUGGCGGUGAACUACAUGGAGAAAACCAUGUUCCUUCUUAAUCAUGUUGUUGAUGGCUCUCUUGAUGAGGGGGUCGCCUAUGGGAGCUACACCGCCAAGUCCAUUACACAGUACGUCUUCUUGGCUCAGCGUCAUUUCAGUAUUGACAACUUGCACAACAACUGGCUGCGGGGACACUUCUGGUUUUAUUACGCCACUCUGUUGCCAGGGUUUCAGAGGACUGUAGGCAUCGCAGACUCCAACUACAACUGGUUUUAUGGGCCAGAGAGUCAGCUUGUUUUCCUGGACACAUUUGUCAUGAAGAACGGGACAGGGAACUGGCUGGCUCAACAAAUUAGAAAGCACCGACCCAAGGACGGACCCAUGGGGCAGUCGUCCGCCCAGCGCUGGGCUACACUUCACACAGAGUACAUAUGGUACAACAACCACCUCACGCCGCAGACCCCACAUGACUUUGGCAAAGCUAAGAUGCACAUUUUCUCAAAUUGGGGUGUGGUGACCUACGGGGCAGGACUCCCCAACGGGCAAGGGAAUACUUUUGUCUCUUUUAAGUCAGGCAAACUGGGUGGUCGUGCUGUCUAUGAUAUCGUCCAUGACAAGCCUUACUCUUGGGUGGAAGGCUGGAACAGCUUCAACCCGGGCCAUGAGCACCCUGAUCAGAACUCUUUCACUUUCGCCCCUAAUGGACAAGUAUUUGUCUCUGAAGCACUUUACGGCCCAAAGUACAGCUACCUUAACAACGUCUUAGUGUUCAGUCCAUCUCCUACAAGUCAGUGUAACACUCCGUGGGAGGGUCAGUUGGGGGAGUGUGCCAAGUGGCUGCGCUGGACAGAUGAGGGUGUGGGCGAUGCCAGAGGGGAGGUGAUUGUCGCCUCCUCGCAUAGAGACACCAUGUUUGUGAGCGGGGAGGCUGUGUCAGCGUACUCCCCCGCAAUGAGACUAAAAAGUGUUUUCAGAGCUUUAGUUCUGCUCAACUCUCAGACUCUGCUGGUGCUCGACCACGUGGAGAAGUGGGGCGACUCGCCCGUGAAGUCCCUCAGUGCUUUCUUCCACAACCUCGACAUUGACUUUAAAUAUGUCCCUUUCAGAUUCAUGGACAGAUACAACGGCGCCAUGAUGGAUGUCUGGGAUGCGCAUUAUAAAAUGUUCUGGUUUGACAGCCAGGGUCACAGCCCUGACACCAGGAUACAAGAGGCAGAGCAGGCAGCCGAGUUUAAAAAGAGGUGGACGCAGUAUGUCAAUGUCACUUUUCCAAUGACAGGCACAGUCAGCAGAGUAGCUUAUGUUUUACAUGGUCCGUAUGUCAAAGUUUCCAGCUGUAGAUUUGUCGACAACAGCAAAAAUGGUGUGAGACUGUCUUUAACUAUUAAUAACACCGAGCGGAUAGUUUCUAUUGCAACAAACUACAAAGAUAUAGGAGCAAGACUGGCUUAUUUAGGAUUUGGAGGUCAUUGUAAAGUUGAGGACAGGUAUCAAAUCACUCGAUUUGGCCUUGGAACACAACUAAUCCCCAAACCAAUCAGCACUGAUAAUCAGCUGUUUGACUUUGGUUUUACAGUCAAUGUAAUAGCAGGAGUUGUUCUUUGUGUGGCCAUAGGCUUUCUGACCAUGCAGAGAAAGUUUUAUGUCUGCUUCAGCAGGCUGAUGCGCUACGCCCUCCUCUCUGUGCUCAUUCUGUGGAUUGCUGAGCUGCUGUUUGUGUCUAACAGCUGCGAUCAGCUUCUCUGUGGGGUAAAAUGGAAAGGUGCGGGUGCCAAAAGUGAAGUAAACAAACAAAUCAGACUCUACGAGCAGCACCGGCUACCCCUCCCCACCGUCGUCAUAACAACCCUUCCAGGAUCUGGCUCGGAAAUACUCAAACACCUUUUCUACAACAGCUCGGACUUUGUUUACAUCAGGGUUCCCACUGAGCAUGUGGACAUCCCUGAGACGGAGUUUGAAUUUGACUCUCUGGUGGAUGCCUGUGAGUGGACAAGGACGGACGCCCUGCAAGGACGGUUUAAGAUUAUUCAGGGGUGGCUGCACUCGCUGGUUCACAACACAAAGCUGCACUUGCAGAAUAUUCAGUUGGCCGAGGGCAGCAGGGUCAAACCGCCCCUGAGAGUCACCCCCUCGAGGGACAGAAAGAAAAGAUCCAGGAGGAGAGAGCCGGCGUCUGAGCUGAAGGGUAAACUCAGAGCCAGUCUGGACAGAGAUGCAGAGUAUGUCCGGGAGAUGAGGCGCCAUGUUGCAGAGUACCCUAACGCCCGGGUGGUCCUCAACAUGCGGAGUGGAAGCUGGGCGCUCAAACUGCCUUUCAUUCAGGAGGUUGUUGGACCUUCUUUGAGGACAAUCUACUUAGUGAGAGACCCUCGGGCGUGGAUUUAUCUCAUGGUUUAUAACAGCAAACCCAGCCUUUACACCCUUAAAAACAUCCCCCAGCACCUUUCCUUGAUAUUCAAGGAGGAUGCUGUCAAGGACGGGUGCCCCACUGUGGCGCCAGAGUUCAAAGUAAUCCAGAGACUGCUGUCCCGCUCAGAGACAAACCCCAUCCUGAUUCUGGCGCAUCUGUGGCUGGCUCACACCGCAGGAGUGCUGAGGGUCAGCGAAAGCCUCCCAGAGGAGUCCUACCUCCAAGUGAGGUUUGAGGACGUGGUCAACUUCCCGCAGGAGACGGCGGAGACCAUACACACAUUCUUGGGGGUGCCGGUUUCGCCCACAGCCCUCAACCAACUUAUUUUCACCACCUCCACAAACCUGUACAAUCUGAUGUACGAAGGAGACAUUUCACCAGCCAAUAUCAACAUGUGGAGACAAAACAUGCCCCGCAAAGACAUCAGGCUGAUAGAGGACAUAUGUGGGGGUGUGAUGAAGAGGCUGGGGUACACCAGGUUUACCAGUUAACUUAGUGCUGCUGGUCAGCUGAUGUGGAUCUGUCUUGUUUACUGUAGCUGCCAGUCUUAUCAGUUCUGAAAAUGUUUUGUUUUGCACUGACCUUAAAGUUUGAGAUGUGUUUUUUUUUUUUGUUCUGUUAGUUGUUUUGGUGUUCAAAAUACAGCAACAGAUGUUUGUGAGGGAGGAAUAUUUUACAUUAAAAUAGGUGAAAGGAGCUCAUGCUGUUAUUGUUUCCCUCUCGGCAGCCCAUCACACUUGUUGUCGCACUCUUGAAUCAAACGAAACUUUAGACUUUGGCUGUCUUAGCUGCAGAGAAAUGCCCCUAAAAAUCCUGCAUUAAUCCUGUCUUUUUUGCAGCCCCCCUGUAACAGAUCAUUCUCUCAGAGGAGGUUUAAUUCUGUAUGUCUUAAUUAGAGAUGAAAAAUGUGCAGUUUUCCCCAUUUCUAAUCUGUGGUGUCAUAAAGAUGUAUAUACAAAAAUCUGUAACUGCUAUUACUGCCGUUAUUUUUGUGGGGUUAGCCGAGGGACGCAGGGAUUUAAUGCAGAAAUGUUAUGAGGCUUAUUAAGACACUUAUUUAUCAACAGUCUUUUAAUUUGUAGCUUUGGGAGAGACUUUCAAGGACUAAUUUGGCUGUCAAGAAUCUAAUAUCCAAAUCCAAUAUGUGCUGCUCCCUUUAAAACUACAAAAAAAUGCUGCAAUAUAUGAAGAGAAACAGAUGACAGCAGGGCUUUUAUCACUCUAAUAUAGACAUAUGAAUGAUAUGGAUGCAUUUAGAUUAAAAAAGGGACUUUAUUUUGAAGCUCUAAGAUGUCAUUACAGCUUGAUGGCUUAGCACUUUCACAGAGACUCCUUUGAUUGUAUGUGAGAUUUUUUUUAUCCAAAGCUAAACUUUACUGUAUACGCUCGAUUAGCUUGGAAAUAUCAAACCUCUGAGGACAUAAUGUCUCGAAGAAAGAAAUCUAGAAGUAUUUAUGGCUUCCAAAGACACAUUUCCCAAAGAAUCUGGGAUGAAUAUGAUUAUUAUAACUCCCUUUGGCAUUUAUUGAAUUAGAUCAGAGGGAAGUGCUUAAUAGGGAUCAUUCUGGGAAAGAAAACCUGUCAGCCUUGACACAUUUCUAGUCAUAGCAAUUUCCAAAGCAUCCCCCUCAGCUACUCAUAUUAAUCUACAAAACACCACAGCCGAGUCUUACUCUGUGUUUUAUUGCUGUGCCAUCUUCACGGAAAAAGACCUGAGGAAAUGCAAACAGCUAAGUUUCCAUUUUCUGUCGCGGUCAAUCACAAAUCCGAUGAUCUUUUUCGGGCUUUUGUUUUGAAAGAGUUCAGCGAGGCGUGGUGUGAACAGAGGGUGAAUAUUAAGUGAAGCUAGAGGAAGGGAAAAAAGUCAGAGACCGUUUCUACUCUGUGAUGCUCUGCUCUUUGGCCUGGGCGUAAGUGUUCGCUCCUCUGUAACCCUUGAAUCUGUCUUGCUUGAACGUCUCUGUACUGUAAAUGGAUCACAUGUGACACGCUGAUGGUACGCUCGGUCCCUGACUCUCUUACUGCAUCUGUACUCAAGCAAAAACAUGCUGUGCCCGUGUGGAAAUCUCCAUCUCUUCCUCAGCUGGAAACAGGCCUGUUUGUUUUUUUUCCUCUAUGAACACUGAAACCCUUGACUGCCUGGAAAACCCGUUUGAUGUUUGUGCUCUUUGAAUGUGUAGACUUGGCAGACAUGCUUUCACUUUGGUGUUGCAAUCCUGUUACCAACUCUGUUUUGUAUUUGCUCGUGGGGAUAUGGUUCCUUGCUUCUGUGGCCUUGAAUUACAAUCAUUUUCUUUAUAAGGGUUUUAUUUCUGUGAGGAAGUGGAGACAAUGUAAAAAAAAAUAAUAAAUUCAUAAAUAUAUCGACACACAGUCUUUGUUUGGAUGGGGUGAAUUGUCUUGCACAACUAUAAAAGGAUGCGACACGUGACCAUUUAACAUCCUCCUGAGCAGCUGCACACAUCCUUUAUAUACUCAUGUUAAACUGCUAUUAUCUCCUGCUGCAAAAGACAGAACAUAAAUCUUAAUUUGAACACAGUCUCACUAUGGUAACUGCUAGUGAAGAAGCUACUUAUGCAGAUGUCUCUGCAGCAGCAAAAUCUCCAUUUUAUUAGACAUGCAUGACAGAAGCCUAAUUGCUGCGUACGGCUGACGCUCACGACGAGGAGGAGCCAACAAUUAAAAACAUGUCAGGAAAUUCUUAUGUCAUGCUCCGCCAGAGACGGGACUUUAACAGGAGCAGGCUUUGAGGGAGCACAUGCCGUGUCUCAUGUCUCUGAACGGUCUCAGUGACUCAGUCAUUUCAUUAGUCAUUUGUUCUUGAUCCCUCCUGUAACAGUCUGAUGCUUGGCAGCGUCCUCUCUGCGUAAUCCGUCCAUGCACAAGCAUGGAUAGUUAUUAACGGAGAAACCUCAGGCAAAUGCUUUGGAAGGGAGGGUUCUUCGUCUUCAAGUCUGGACUUGUAUUUGCUGGAGGUUUAGUAGCCUUUUGUUGAUGCAGUCAGAAUCAGGGAGUUAUUGGAAAUAGCGGUGCAUAAAUAAUGUCUGUAACACUCUCAGAAGAACCCAGUUUAGCUUAAAUAUUUCUUAUUCAGAUUGAAAAGUGUGUGAUAAAAAGCUUAAAUUGAAGCUCCAUUAACUCAUGCAUCACAUAUUCAAGAUAUGAUAUAAAAUUUAUUUCUAUAUCUCAGAGGAAGAUAUUCUCCUUUGGCCCUUUUACAUUAAUCUUAAAGCCAUCGCUGCUGUUGGAUUACAGUUCAUGUUGCCCUGAAAAAAACAAAAGAAAACAUGCAGCUCUAAAUUUGGUGAGUUGGGACCUAACUAAAAUACUAAAUGAUCCUCAAAAUGUCUACUCAUAUGUAGCCUAUAUGCAUAUUAACACAGCAGAAACAUAUAGAGAUAUUAAAACUUUCCUUUUGAUUCUUACAGGGGCGCAACCAAAUUAAUGGUCAGGGUGGCAUGGGUCCCUGGAGUCUGUUUGGCCACCCCAGAUCCCACCCAAGAAUCCUUUACAAACUGCCAAACUGCAAAAGUCUACUUAAGUGCUCAUUGCUUAUUUCAACACUAUCACUGGUUAAGAUCAAUAACACAACAGGUUAGACUAAAUUUAUAUGAAAUUAUUCACUUCCUCCAAAAACAUUGGUGGUUAGUUAACAUUAGCUAAACUUGUAUGACAUCAAGAUUGGUCAUAUUACAUUAAAUAUAUACCUCAACACUAACGGGUUGUUUCACUUCCAGAAAAGUACUUUAUAACUUUAACUUCUGAUAUUUACAGGGGCGCAUCCAAAUAGGUGGUUGGGGUGGCAUGAGCCCCUGAAAUCAGAUCGGCCACCUUCUACCCAGAAUUGCUCAACUAUGAUUGGAUGUAAGUUUUGUUAGAGAAGGGUGGGACUGUAUCACAUCAAACUGCUCAUAGAUAUGUCUGCUUUGAAAUAUUUGUCUUUAUUUGGACUUAAAAGCUCCUGUAAGGAGUUUUCAGUUUUAGACUGAGAUCAACGCUAAUGCUUCUUAAUGAGUUACAAAGGAGAACUGACUUUUGUGUGAAGUCAUUUUAAUGCCAGAAUAAUGAACUGUGUUUGGCUGUAUAAAGACAGUACAAUUAGAGUUUUAACUUGUAGCGAAGCAGACUGAAACUGAUACUGACGUCUUUAUAUGACCUUAAAAAGCAGACUCGACUCUCAGCUAUGAGGCUGAUGAUUUUUAACGCCUGAAGCUGCUGUGACGGGGCAGGUGUCAGCCACAUGUUAGACGGCAGACUGAAGAAAACUAAUUUUAAACUUUUCUUCAUAGCAAUUACUUACGCUUAACUGCUAAAAAAGAACAACAGGGUGAGGUUUUUGUCUGAUAACUCUACUUCCAUAUGUUCAGAUCAAGAGGCGGGUAUACACUAAUGUACACAAACCAAAAGUUCCUCACUGCAGCUUUAAGAGAGAAAGGCUAACAUAUCCAGUUUGCCAUAACUGUUGACUUUGUUGUCAAGAAGACUUAAGCAUUUAGUAUUUCUGACCAGUUGCGCUGUGCUGACACUCUGCGCUUUUGUGAUUAUUAAACAGAAUCAGUAGAAAAUGGAAACUCAGUUUAUUUAUUCCUGCUUAUGAUUAAUGAUGGUUUUACUCUAUUGUGGUCCAGAUGCCCUGCAGCUACAAACACAGACCAGGUGUCCUGCUGGAGGAGAUAAAACAGCAGAAAAAGAGAUUUUUAACAACCGACAACAGCCUCAGCAACUUCAAAAUAUAAAACAGUUUAGAGGAUCAUUGAUAAUCAUUUAAAUCACUGUAUGAUGUGUAAUAUCUGUAUAAUUGAUCACAGAUCGCCUUUUAGCAGUAGUGGCACAAACUGCCUUUCUUCCUCCCUUCGAGCUAAUCCGGCUAGUUCCCACUUUCACUGUAAAUGCGCAGGGAUAAUCUCCCCCGAUGAAGUGUAAUGGCAUCUUAUGAAGAGGAUAUAAAUAAAUCUAUACGUCGGAGCGUGUUUCCCAUCUGAAUAACUCUGUGAACGCCUCCUCCCGCAGCACAGACAGACAAAUCAGCAUUAUGAAAAGCUUUUGAUGUCUGAUCACAGGAAGCAGAUUUGCAGAACUAAUUUAAGCUGGAAGGUUUGCACACACAUUAUCUUUGAUGUUUGAUAACCAAUACAUAAUCAUUGCAUGAAAUAAGGUUUUAUAGAGGAAAUGAUGAAAAGCUGCUUUAUAAUCUAAUUCUGCACGCAGCGGCUCGGGGAAGUGAUCAAGUGGCUUUCUCAGACUAUUAAGUACACGGAGGUUAUCCUCACUGAAAAAGAGAGACUCAAUUUCAGCUGAGUAGUCAUACCCUUCCCUGUUCCACCUCUAUCUUCCUCCUCUGGCGAGUCCAGGUCCCCGAGGAGCCUCUCCCUCGCCGGCAGCCAUUGCUCCUGCCACUGCUCAUUAAUUAACCUUUGCUGCAGCCGCCAUCAGUCAGAGGGAGGAGUAAUCAUCGAUACUGUAUGGGGCUAUUGUGCGGCAGAAUUAGCUCACAGAUUGAGAUUAUUAGGCGUUUUAAAGCGUGUAUUCGGCUUGACGUGUGCAGAAAAUAGACAGUGGAUGUUUGCAGCUUUCUCAAGACAAGGUGUAAGCAGCUGGCGGAGCUCUGUCUCCUAUAUUCAGUCAUUUUCUUCUCAGUAAACAAAGCCUGUGAGGUCCC